UCCUUUGUCCAGGACCUCUGCGGCCACCACUCCUGCGACACCCUGGGGAUGGCGGAUGUGGGGACCAUCUGCUCUCCGGAGAGAAGCUGCGCCGUCAUCGAGGACGACGGGCUUCACGCUGCAUUCACUGUCGCACAUGAAAUAGGUCACCUGCUCGGCCUGUCCCACGACGACUCCAAGUUUUGUGAGGAGCGCUUCGGGGUGAACAGCGACAAGCGGCUAAUGUCCUCCAUCCUGACCUCCAUCGACGCUUCCAAGCCCUGGAGCCGCUGCACCUCAGCUACCAUUAUCGACUUCUUCGACGACGGCAACGCCGAGUGUCUCCUCGAUUCUCCUCGCCAGCCCCUCCUUGGCUCCGAGGAGCUCCCGGGGCAGAGCUAUGACGCCGUCCGCCAGUGCCGCCUGGCCUUUGGCCCAGAGUACACCGUCUGCCCGGGCAUGGAUGUGUGCUCUCGGCUGUGGUGUGCAGUGAUCCGCCAGGGGCAGAUGGUGUGUCUGACCAAGAAGCUGCCGGCUGUGGAGGGGACGCCCUGCGGGAAGGGACGCAUCUGCCUGCAGGGGAAGUGUGUGGACAAGACCCGCAAGAGACACUACUCGGUGUCCAACCAUGGCAGCUGGAGUUCCUGGGGUCCUUGGGGUGGGUGCUCCAGAACGUGCGGGGGCGGGGUGCAGUUCGCCCAGCGUCUGUGCAACAACCCGCCGCCGCGGAACAACGGGCGCUACUGCACCGGGAAGAGGGCCAUCUAUCGGUCCUGCAACGUAACGCCGUGUCCAGCAUUGAAUAAGAGUUUCCGUCAGGAGCAGUGCGAGGUGCGUAAUGGCCCCCAGACUGAUCCUAAAGGGGUGAAGACCUUUGUCGAGUGGGUGCCUAAAUACGCAGGAGUCCUCCCCAAAGAUGUCUGCAAGCUGACCUGCAGAGCGAAAGGAACAGGAUACUACGUGGUGUUUGCCCAGAGGGUGGUCGAGGGGACGGAGUGUCGUCCGUACAGCAGCUCGGUGUGUGUGAAGGGGAAGUGUGUGCGGACGGGGUGCGACGGCAUCAUCGGCUCCAAACUGCAGUUCGACAAGUGUGGUAUAUGUGGGGGGGACAGCACUGGGUGUCUGCGUGUGAUGGGCAACUUCACAAAGAAGAGUAAGGGCUACACUGAUGUGCUGAAGAUCCCCGCGGGCUCCACCCACAUAAAGGUUCGUCAACACAAGGCCAAGGACCAGACCCGCUACACCGCCUACCUGGCCCUCCGACGGCCCAACGGCGAGUACCUCCUGAACGGCAAGUUCAUGAUCUCCACCUCCGAGACGAUCAUCCCGCUCAACGGUUCUGUGCUCAACUACAGUGGGUGGAGCCAAAGGGACGAAUGGCUUCACAGCAUGGGCCCCGGGGCUCUCUUAGAACCCUUGGUGGUGCAGAUUCUAGCGACGGAUGCCAAAAAGCCCCUGGAUGUUCGUUACAGCUUCUUCAUGCCGCGCCGGACAGCCCCACAGCAGCCGUCAGCUCCGCUCAUCCCCAUUCCAAAGGCAACCACCUUGCAGAGCACUACGACAGUCUCAACCACGACGAGAACCACCACCAGUACUACAUCCUCUGCACUGGACCCAGGGCCAACUACAGCUCCAGGUCCCUCAACCCCAACCCCAGGGCCCCAGUGGGUAACAGGUCCCUGGAUGACCUGCUCCAGGACGUGUGACACUGGCUGGCAGAGCCGGACAGUGCAGUGCAAGGACCAGGAUGGGAAACUGUCCAAAGGAUGCAUUCUGGGUGUUCGCCCCUCCGCCUUUAAACACUGUCUGGUGAAGAAAUGUUGAGGAGGCCAGAGAGGGGGAAAAGAUUUUCAUGAGAUGAGAAAAAAUGUGUUGGAAGAUGUUUUAAUCUGUACUUCUGAUAAAGGUCUCAAGUGCUGGAUGUAGGACCAAUGAAUGGACCAAUGAAUUUAAGACAUGGAACCUUAGACUGGACUGUGAAUGUUUACGCUUGGACCCGUCUGACUCCCACUCUAAGACAUAUUGGCAUGGAUGUACCAGACUAUAUGCCAGAGGAAUGUCCUGGAGUCUACACAGAGGGAACCAGAGGACAGUUUCCGUAUGACAGAGACAAGUGUCGCCCUGGCAUAGCUAAGAAAUUGAGUUGCAUGUCAUUUCCACAUAGACAACAACUGAUUGUCUUUACGUCGGCCUCCUGGAGGCUCAGUGUGCGUUGCCCUGUAACAGCAUGCAUGUUGUGUGUCUUUUGUUAUGUUCUUCCAUGUGUUCUUAUCACUGUGGGUAUUUGAAAGUCGUACCCCUUUAUCUUAUGGCGUGAGUGCGUCUGAGACAAGAGCCCUGCAGGCUGUAGACCCUGCCCUGUUCCACGACUGCUAUACGACAUAUAAGCACCGUGGACUGUGGUGUUUUUGGUCAAUUUACUGACUCAGAACAAUUAAAAAGUUUGUUUCCAGGAAGUAUGUUGAAAAUAUGAAAUCACUGGGUGGGAGGCAAUCUUUGUAGCAACCUCCGUAGCAAACGUAAGGAACAAAAACAUAAAUUAAGAUCUACUUAUGGCCAAGGAGUAUAUUUGAGCAUGACGACAGUGAGUAACACUUUGAUCUCCUUAGCUUCCCUACCAAUAUUCUUCCUGUAAAUAUUUCUAAGACCUACUCUGUGACUGAAAUUUCCAACACACAGGAAAUGGAGAUAUGUCCUGGUCCUGGAUCAGGAGUAACCGACAUGCCCUGGCUGUUUUCAUGACCAAAACAUAGGGUUAACCCAUGAGUGGGGGAGGACGGUGGCCUUUACAGGACAAACAUAACAACAGUGAAAUCGACGGAGGGGCAACGUAACCAUGACACUCCCUAACAUUUAAAGAGGCUGAUGAUAAAUCAGAUUGGGGGCAAUGUUUGAUGUGUGUGUGCGUGUGCGUGCGUGUGUGUGGCGUCUCAGAGCUUCUUCACUCUCAGUUCCACUUGUAUCAAUUAUUAUGCUGGUGCUGGGAGGUUUAUUGUCCCCAUGUGUUUUUUGUUUGUUUUUGUUUUUUGUGACAGUCAAUAUCUGUUAGUUAGUUUGUUUAUCUGUUUAGGAAAAUAUGCUAAUAUGACAAUGUGUGCCCUGGAUACUCGCAACGACAGCAAGAGAGACACAAAGGCGGCCAUCACUGUCCUCCUGCAAUUCAACUCUUUUUCUUUUUAUCGUUCAUUCUCUAUUUUAUUCAGACAUCCUGUAUUUGCUAAUUAUCACUUUAACUUGUCUUCAACCCUGAUGGGUGGAGUUUGCCAUAAUAAGACAAUUCAUAUUGCGCCACUCAGUGCAUCAAUGAUACUCGGACAUCUCGCUGAGGAUGUUAAAGGCUUAAAGUUUUGAGAUAUCUUUACAGCAGCUUCUUGACAAUAGAUGACUAGAAAAUAAAUAGUUGCUGCUCACAGCUUUGAGAACUGACCAACAUUGUCCUCCGGACAUUUUAAUAAGAGGAUUGGCAGGAAAGGUUCCGGACAAUGUCCAGAGCGACUUUCUCAGACAUCUUCGUUCUCACGUAGAGUUUCUCUGGAAAGUUUCGCACUAAAAACUAAAAGCAUGAAAACAAUUUGCCUAUGUUUUAAGUCUUAAUGCUAAGCUAAGAUAACUUGGCUGCCAUCUCUAGACUACUAAUGAAAAUAGUGUAUCCCUGUUUGACAAGGAAGAACUUAGAUAACACAGAUCUACUGUUUAAGACAAUACAUAGAAUAUCAUUGAAAUUUGCAUUAAAGUUAGAGUAAAAUGAAAACUUGGUCAAUGUCCUCAGUUCUCAGCUUUACAAGUUAAUGUUGCUUCUGUACCUAAUGGACGUAGUUGUGAUUGUGUUCAAUCUUCUGGCACCGGUCGUGUGGCAAACUUCACCCGUCUGCCUCCUGUGCAGCACAAACCAACAAACCACUCGUACAAUCCUCUCUCCUCCUGCCUCACACGUUCACAUUUAUUUACACAAUGUAGACAUUUUUUUACAUGACUAGAUCUUUCAUAUAUGUGUUAGUUAUCGACCAUAUUUACACAGAGUUUCACACAUUCAGACACA